AUGGAAUAUGUAUGGCCGGCGACAAGAUAUCAGAUGCGACUCGACCCGGAGCACCCGGACUUCCGAGAGAGAUUUUUCCGUCUGAACCACGUCCGAUGGGAAGAUGUGUGGGACGGACAUCGCCUUCUACCGCGUCCCCCACAGGCGACUCCUUCGCCACCUCUUCAACCCUCUCCUGAACCCAUUCGCCCAACGGAAAAGAAGAGGAGAAGAAGGAAGUGCGCCAAGCCUGCCCGCAAAUCAGCCCCAACAACAGGAGGAGUCAAGAAGCCACAUCGUUACCGUCCAGGAACCGUCGCUCUUCGUGAGAUCAGACGUUACCAAAAGUCCACCGAGCUCCUCAUCCGCAAGUUGCCAUUCCAGCGACUUGUUCGUGAGAUCGCCCAGGACUUCAAGACCGAUCUUCGAUUCCAAUCUUCCGCUGUCAUGGCUCUUCAAGAGGCUGCUGAGGCUUACCUCGUCGGACUCUUCGAAGACACCAACCUGUGCGCCAUCCACGCUAAGCGAGUCACCAUCAUGCCAAAGGAUAUCCAACUUGCCAGACGUAUCCGAGGAGAGCGCGCUUAA